AUGCCCGAAGAGCCUAAAUGGUCGGCUUCAUUAAGUGCGCCCCAAAGUUCCACAUCUUAUCGUGAUCCGUUCUUCGCUCCUCCACUCAAAGAGAAGCAUCCAGCGGCAUCGACGGAACUUUUUUCUUGGACCGGUGUCCUACCAACGCCUCCGUCGAUUAAUCGAGAUCCGCAUCCUAUGUAUCCUUGGGGGCAGCAGAACUACUACGGACUCCAAAGCCAGAGCGGGUAUGGAUCUAAUGCAACACCGGAAUUCGUUCAGCAUCCUACUGUCGGAGCUACAACGUCGUUUACUCCGUAUGACACAUAUGAGACACCACCAAGUUAUGCUGAAGCAAUUAGUCCUCGUUCCCAAGGGGAACGGCCCGCCUCUGGAAUGAGACAAGACCAAGAACUCAGCAUACCCAAUGCGUUGCCCAUAGGGACGAAUAGUGAGGAGGAAACCCAAGCCGCCGGCCAAAGUAGAUCUGGGCCGGCAAGCGCAACCCCCCUUGAAGAGUUGACUCUUACAUGUAAAUUCUGCGGGGUGGGUUUCAAGGAGAUGUACCGGAAUGGGAACCAGAAAAGACAUAUUCGCCAGCUCCAUGCAGAAUGCGAGCAAGCAUUCAAACUAGCAGAUGCUCGCAGAAGGCACAGAUUGAGACAGCACCGCGUGUCGACUCCUACGAAGAAGAAACGAAACGUAAAAGGCCGAGCUCGUUUUUCGACGCUGGAUGAACCCAAACCUUACAUCCCAACUCCAUUAUUUGAAGCUAAGGAGCAAAACAAGCUCUCUUAGAUACAUUUAAGAACCACAGAUCCUCGAAGAUAGGACCCAUCGAGGCCCUUGGAUCUACAACGCCAAAGGGUUUCACCGAAAAU